UUUCAAUCCUUGUUAGAAAGUGAAAAUAGUCCAUGUUAGCUAGCAGACCAAGAAAAACCAAAUUAAAACGAUCGAAGUUACGAUUACAUCCACUCUCUCAGCCGCUACGGAAUUGAAAACUGCAUAACAGAACAGAACAUGUUCAGUGUUUCUGUGUUCUCAGCUUCCUCAGACCUCAGUUUUCAUUUGGGUUUUAGAAAUAACUGGACUUGUGGAAGACCAAGCGCUUCUCUCUCUCAGGAAAGUAGCAAUUUAGAGCCUAGAAAGAAGGAAGUGACGGCCAGGUCUGCCACCAAGGAUAAGAUCUUACUUUCUAGCUCUCCGACGACUUCUCAGCAACAGAACGCCACUCCACUUGUUACUGCCUUGAAGGCUUCAGCUGAACAAAAUGCUGCUACCUUUCACUUUCCUGGGCACAACAGAGGUCGAGCUGCACCAGAUUCUAUAACUGAACUUAUUGGUCUAAACCCUUUUCUUCAUGACUUACCUGAGCUUCCUGAACUUGACAGCCUCUUUUCUCCGGAAGGGCCAAUUUUAGAUGCACAACAACAGGCAGCCAAACUCUUUGGCUCAUUGGAGACAUGGUUCCUUGUAGGAGGUACGACAUGUGGAAUUCAAGCAGCCAUUAUGGCUACUUGUUCCCCUGGAGAUAUUUUAGUUCUCCCUCGGAAUUCCCAUAUAUCAGCUGUAUCUGCUUUAAUAUUGUCUGGUGCAGUACCCAAGUACAUUAUCCCUGAUUAUAAUUUUGACUGGGACAUUGCUGUCGGGGUCACUCCAUCACAGGUGGAGACGGCUAUCAAGGAAGUGAAGAAAGAAGGGCAAAAGGCAGCCGCUGUUUUCAUCACUUCCCCAACAUAUCAUGGUAUAUGCAGCAACUUGAGCGAGAUAACCCAAUUGUGCCAUUCUCAUGGGAUUCCUGUAAUUGUUGAUGAGGCCCAUGGGGCACAUUUGGGAUUUCAUCCCCAUAUGCCGAAUUCAGCCAUGCAGCAAGGUGCUGAUAUAGCUGUCCAAUCCACUCACAAGGUUCUUUGCUCUCUCACACAAUCAUCGAUGUUGCACUUGUCAGGUAAACUUGUAGAUAGAGAAAAGAUUUCUAGAUGCCUUCAAACACUUCAAAGCACUAGUCCUAGUUAUCUUCUUUUGGCAUCAUUAGAUGCUGCUAGAGCUCAAAUUAGUGAAGAUCCUGAAACUAUUUUUGAAAGAGCAUUGCAACUGGCUAUUGAAGCUAGGAAUAUGUUGAGAAAGACUAGAGGUAUUUCAGUGCUUGAUGUUUCAAGCUUCCCUAAGUUCCCUGCAAUUGAUCCUUUGCGGCUUACUAUAGGAUUUCGACAGCUUGGCUUGUCUGGUUAUGAAGCUGAUGAAAUUCUGUAUGAGGAUCAUGAUAUCAUUUGUGAACUUGUUGAGACCCAAUGCAUUACUUUUGUAAUUACCCUUGGAACUUGCAGAGAGCAUGUUCAGAAGCUUGUAUCAGGCAUAAAGCAUCUAGCAGCCACUUCUGCAUCGACUUGUGCUGAUAAAAGGAAGGUGGACGGCGAUAAGCUUGCACUGUUUGCAGAUAUUAAAACUAGCUUGAUUCCUAGAGAUGCAUUUUUUAGUGGUAAAAGGAGAGUGAGUAUCGAAAAGAGCUUGGGUAAAGUUUGUGGGGAGCUUAUAUGUCCAUAUCCACCUGGGAUUCCAGUAUUGAUUCCUGGGGAGAUUAUCACAAAAAAAGCUUUGGAUUAUCUGCUACAUGUUAGAAGCAAGGGCGCUGUCAUCACUGGAGCUUCUGAUUCCCAACUUUCUUCCAUAAUUGUCUGCAACAAGUAAUGCUUCCAAUGGAGAAAGUGUAACUAAAUGUCAAAUUUUUCUGCUUCAAAGGAGCAGCAGUUGCACAUGAAAUAGAUAAAUGUACAGGCUUACGAACCACAACCAAUUUA